UGGAAAAUGGGAAUAUAAUUUUCUUGAAAAAAAUUUCCAUCAAAACAAACGAGUUUAUGAGCCUAUUAGAAAAUGGCUGAAUAUAUAAAAUCGAAUAUCUAUUACAAAGUGGAGGGAAUAAUACGUAGAGUUCAACUGGGCCAAUACUUCAAAUUACGAGUAUCAAUCACAAAUUCUUUCGUUUCCAGAUUCCACGUGGAGCAUCGCAUUUUUGGCAUCUUAUUCAUUGAUUUCCCGCCUAAACCCUCAAAUUUCAACUUUCAUUUCCCUCCUCCCUUUCUUCUUCAUCCCCUCUUUCUCUCUCCUCCAAAAUCCCCAAUCUCAUCCCCAAUACUCCGCCAUUUCAACCCCUUAAACCUUCAAAUUCCGGCGAAUUUCCGGCCGAAAAUGGCUGGCAUCAAUCCAAUCAACUACUCUAAAACCCAAAGAAUCGUCCUCUUAAUCGAUCUCAACCCUCUUCUUCACCUCCAAAACCCUAAUUCUUACCUCACUUCAAUCCUCACUUCCGCCAAAAUUCUUCUCUCUUUUCCUCCUCUUUCUCUUUCUCUCUCCUCCUUCAAGCUCUUCUUCUCCUCUCUUUCUCCUCUCAAAUCGUCGUCUUCUCUCCCCAAUAUUCCAAUUUCAUUGUAUAACCCUAAUUCUCUCUCCUUCAAUCGACCCGAUGAAACCCUAAUUUCACUUUCUCAGACCCUUGAUUUGGCUUGUAAUUUGGUGGAUGGUUCGAUUUCUGGUUCGGUUUCGAGGGGUUCGCAUUUAUCGAGCUCGAUUGCGCAGGUAAUUCAUGAUUAUGGUUGGGAUUUGUCUGAUUGUUCUAAUGAUUCUGAUUUGUUAGGGACUGUUAGGUCGAAUUUGGUUGUAUUGUUCUCACCUGUUUGUAGAUCAAAUAAGGACUUGAUUGAUUUUAUGGGUGUUGAUGAUGUUGUGAAUGAUUGUGAUGUUUUUUGUGAUAAAUUUAGAGGGGUUUUUGGGCAUGCGAGAGAUGCUUUUGCUAGUAGGGAUAUUCAUUUCAGCUGGGUAGAUGUAAACUGUAAUAAUGACAGCGGGAACGAUUUCGAAAAAGAUAAACUUGACGAGUAUAACAGAUUAGUGGGGUUUUUUCAAAAUGGUGUUAAGAGUUUAGGUUGGGGUUUAUGUUCUAAUGAUUCAAUUGUUUUGGGUUCUGCUCUUGUUUCGUUUGGCUUAAUUUAUCCGAUGAUUGGUGUUUCAUCUACUUAUCCUAAAUUAAAUGAUAAAUGUAAGAAAGUUUUUGGGCAAUUGAAUCUUGAGAUAUUGGAUGUGAGUGGGAAACCUAUGGUUUGCAAGUAUUGUGAUCUCCAACUGCUUGAUCUUAAAAUGUUACGUGGGCGUAGGCUUCACGGUCUUUCAAUCUCUGAGGGGUAUGAAAAAGCUGGAAAACUUUCUCAACAAUCCUGUGGAAUUUGGGAGAGUUUUGGUGAUGGGUUGGUGAAGAUUGAUGUAAAAUCUCUCUGUAGAGAUGGCGAACUUGUAACAAUGGAUGAGCAAAUUUCUGAUGUGGUACUAGUUGAUGAGUUAUCCAUAGAUUCAAAGAAAAAGAAAGAGAAGUCAUCUAGUGAGUUCUUUGCCGACAGAGUUCUUGACCUGCUUUUGGAAGGAACAGGUAGGUUUACGAAGAGAAAAUCACCACCUUUCUGGCAGAUUCUUUUAAGCUUUCUAUAUAGGAAAGGUUACUGGGCAUUGUUGCAUUUGUCAAAUGCCAAGGGCAUCAUAACCAUGGGGGUUCUCAAACCUUUUACUAUUAAUUCGGCUUUUCUUUUUAUUCUGAAAGAUAGUACUGACUUAUGUGGAGCUCAAAAUGGUGUAAGUGAGCUAAACCUUGGACAUGGUAGUUCAGAGAAAGGAGAUAAAAUUGUUGGAAUUGACAUGAGUAUGGAUUCUGUGAGUGGGACACGUAAAAGUGAGAGUAGGAGAAAGCACAGAAUGCAUCCCCACAGGUACAAGGAUCUCUCCUGGGGCUCUUUCUGCAAAGCAGCUUCUCGACCCUGUGAGAUGGAACUUGAGGGAGCUUACUUUUCCAAGGAAUGUGAUACUUCUAAGAAGUUGAAGUUUUUGCAGUGUUGGAUAAAACAGGUUGCUAAAAAUAGCUCAUCACUUCCAUGCAAGUCAGACACACCUAAAAUUAUGGAGAAAACAGAGGAGAGAUUGUGCCAGUUGCAUCAAGAAAGUCAACAACUACUUUCUUCUCUGGCUAAAGAACAUGCUGUGAUGGGACCUCAAAUAAAACAAACUGGAGCUUCACAAGAAGCUGCAGAAGCUUUCUUUAGUAAUUUGUCUCAGAGAAUUCAAAAUGGGAUUGCAUCAGGAGUUGACUUAGUGGCUUUUGCGCAGCGGGUUGUUUCUUCAUGUAUUUAUUGGCUAAGGGGGAAACUAGGACCAAAUACAAAAGAAGUAAGUCAAGCCUCCCUUGAAAAAUCAGAUGGUAGCAGUUAUGGAGGACUUGUAGCUGGUGAGCUCAUCAAACUCUUACUAAUCGAUCCAAAAGACAUAGCAGGAAAGCACAAAGAUGGUGAUCUAUCCUCUAAAGCAACAGAUGCACAGUCAUCAAGUACCUCAUCUGGAGAUAGAAUUAGACAGUAUGAGCUGCAGAUUUUGUUUCGCAUGGAGAUACUUCAAUCAGAGAUUGUGGCUGGUAUACGAGAUUCUACUAAGAACAAAUUUGUUAAGCAGAUCUGCUGUCUUUUAGAGUUUAUUCAGUGUAACAUGGAGGAUGGAUUUUUUGGAGACUUCAACUUUAGUGAUUAUGUGGGCAGGACCAUCAAAAGCAGGUAUUCGCAGAACCUUGGGAAUAUUGUACAUAGAAUCUAUGAUCAAAUGGAUCUCUUAUUGUUUGAUGAUGGUGAUGAUGAAUCCCCUAAUCCACUACUCAACAGUGAAGAUAGCAGUCAAUCAUGGAAAGUAGGAAGUGAACCCAAUUCUACUGAUGAUUCAUUUCACACCGGUAGCACAGAUCAUGAUCGCAAACUGGUUGAAGCUCAAGAAAGGAGAACAAGAGCUUUGAAGUUUGCUUCUUUUACACGAAGAGCCAUGCCAGACUUGCAGAGAGUGUGGGCCCCUAAGCCGCCAAAACUGUCCAGGUCAAAAUCAGAUUCUUUUCGUAGGUCCAAGAGGAAAGACCGGCAUAGAGAAAACUAUGAUCGGGUCUGCGAAACCCCAACAAGUGGGGCAAAAAAAUGUUUAUUCCCUUCAGAUGGUAGUGUUGGUGAUGAAGAAGAGUAUAGGGAGCAAGGGGGGAAUUCAACUGGUUCCGUUCACAGGGCUUUGUUUCAGGAUGAGUCGUGGCAUCAUGAAUGGGAGCUUUGAUUUAUAAGCUCUGUUGGCCUUAAACAAUACUCUGUAUUAAUCAAUUUAGACACAAACAAAUACCUGUGUAUACCAGAAGCUUUGCGUGAAGCACAAACACAACAGGACGCACCUGUAAGACUACUUGCCUUAUGUACAAAAUUCAAUAGACCUGUAGAGUGUAUCCUUCAGUAAAUGUAUAAUUAGGUGAUUUUAGCAGUAUAGGCGCUAGGAGCCUUGUAAACUGUAAUUCCUUUGUAAUAACACGUUGCUUAAUGUUGUCUAGAAUUCAAGACACGUUUACAGCGACUUCUGUAUCAGUUUAGCAGGGAAGAAGCAGGUGCAUAGUUCCAUAAUUGCAU